UUGACAAAGGAAGUUUCAGUAACGAUCUUCUGACCAAAGAAUUGCAAGCGGAGCUAGGAUCAGAGAAUGCUCCAGAAAACUGGGACGGGUGCAAAUUGAGAGUGCAAUCAAUAAUAAGAGCAUUUAGGAAACCUAAAAGACAUGAAUGCAAUAUAACAAAAUUAAAUAAUAAAAUCUCAAAGUUAAAGAUAGAAAAGGCAAGGCGAGGACUAAGCCCAAAGAAAGACCAAGAACUUGUCGAGAUGAUGAACACAUUACACGAUGAAACUGCAGCACUAGCAGAAAAAUGGCACCUGCGCUCAAAAGAAAAAUGGAUCGAAAAAGGAGAAAAAUCAACUAAAUUCUUCUUUUCACGAUAUAAGGCCAGAAAAGAAAGCAGUUGUGAGGAACUGAUCAAAAUUCCCGAGGAAUAUAAAGACAAAUAUGAGAAUACAUUAGACUAUAUAAAGGAGGAAUACCAAAAAAUUUAUAAAAAAGAGGGAUGGGAUCCUCAGAUGGCAGAGAUCCUGAUGAGGGAGCUACCCCAAGUCAACGCAGAAAUGAACAUGAACCUUACAAAAAGCAUAACAAAGGAAGAAAUAGAACGGAUAAUCAAAUCUCUCCCAAAUGGCAAAUCCCCAGGCACUGAUGGCCUAACGUACGAAUUCUAUAAGGAGUUUGCAGAAAUAGUAAUCCCUAUUCUUGGAAAAGUAUUUAAUCAAGUUCUCACAACAGGCAACAUGCCAGUUCUCCAAGCAUUCUCUGUUCUCUGCUUUCUUUG